AUGGCUAGUCCUACCGUUCUCACCUUUGAUGCUGAGGGACGUGCAGUUGACUUUGACGUGUGGGUUGACGACCUACAGCUUUUUCUUCAGUGUGAUUCUAGGGAUGGGGUAUCCCUUUUCGAUCACACGUCCGGUGUUUCCACUGCUCCUGCUGCCACUGCUGACAGUACAGUUUGCUCGCAGUGGGCCACUCGUGACGCCGUUGCUCGUCUUGCUGUUCGUAGUCACCUGCCGCCUGCUGAGCGCACACAUUUUGGCCAGUACAAGACUGCUCAGUCUUUGUACGACGCUGUAGUUGCACGCUACUCCUCCCCUGCCACUGUUGCCCUCAGCCGCCUCAUGCUACCGGGUGUUCCCCUGUCCCCCUUCUCCCCUCUGUUGCUUCUGCUGCUGCUGUCGACCUCGUUGGCACUGAGGAGGUCGGAGCUGCGUCUGCCCCUAGUGGGACACGCCGCAACAGCAAGGGCAAGGGGAGCAAGGGUGGUGGAGGGGGCGGCGGGGGAAGCAGUGGAGGAGGUGGAGGAGGCGGAGGAGGUAGCGGUGGAGGUGGGGGUGGUACCGGGAGUGGGGGCGUCAGUGGCGGCGGUGGAGGUAGUGGCGGCGGUGGCGGAGGUGGUGGAGGCAGCGGUGGUGGAGGUGGCGGCGGCGGUGUUGCUGGUUGAGGUGCAGCCACGCAGCGUGGAGGCUUUGGUGGCAACCAGCGCCAGCAGCAGCUGCGCUCCCGUGAGACCCCGUCGGUUCAGCAGCUUCGUGAGUGGUACGCUAGGCGUGGGAGGUCUGGGGGUGCAGGUCCCUGCACUUACGUUCUUCGCACCGGCACUUGUAGUGGGGAGGUGUGUGGGCUCCCACACACUACGCAGCGCUGCUUCGGUCGCUUGA